AUGAUCCUCAAGUCCCUCCUCCCAACCCUCUCCCUCCUCCUCCUCCUCCUCUCAACUCACGCAAAAACAACAACAACAACCCCCCCAAUCCGAACCACCUCGUCGUUCCCAUUCUCCAACAACACCAACAGCAGCAACGCCGCUCCCGCGCCCACCAUCACGCCCGGCCCCCUGCACUGCGACAUCACCUACUGCGUCAACGGCACCUCGUACUGCCACUUCUGGGCCGGCGUCACCACGUGGCACAAGACGGGCCCGUCGCCGGGGGAGCUCGUCACUACGCUGGGCGUGUACUUCUUGGGAGUUUCGAGGGGAUAA